AGUAAUCGAUCUGUGUGCUGUGAAGAUAUUUGUAUGGAUAAUAGAGGUUUGCAUUUUUUUGCACUGCUGCCAUUCAAAUAUUUAGUAAAAGCACUUGGCAAAUGCUAAUGAAUUUAUUUCCCACAACAGAAGCACAGACAUGACAGCCAACGUUUUUCAAAUUUAAGUAUUUAAAAUUAGACACCAAAGUGUUUUCAGAACCCGUAAUAAAAACGAUUGAAUUUUUACACCUGUGGAAUCUCUCAGUCACAUUCAGGGAGUCAGUAAAUUGUGCCUUGGUUCUGGGACAGCAGCAGCCGAUGCUGAGUCACUGUGGUGGCCACUAAGAGUUUUGAAACCAGUUUCAGUGGGAGUUUUGCAACUGAUCUCUGAGGUCUGGGCCUUUCAUUACUGAUUAACUGCUCUGACUGAACUGACCUGGAUACACAACAUGCACAACAGCACUGCUGAAACUCCGCAUACAACUGGAACCUGUAAUGUGACUUUGUCCACACGGCCACUGAGCCCCCAGUUUUCACUGGGUGUGCUGGUGCUGCUGGCUUUCCUCAUGGUAUUGCUAACUCUGGUCACCAUCCUCGGAAACAUUUUGGUGGUUCUUGCUUUCAUCAUGGACAGAAACCUCAGGCAUCGGAGUAACUAUUACUUUCUCAAUCUUGCUCUUUCUGACUUUGCAGUGGGUGCGUUCUGUAUGCCUCUGUACAUCCCUUAUGCUCUGACAGGGACGUGGCACUUGGGAAGAGGCAUGUGCAAGUUCUGGCUAGUUAUGGACUAUCUCGUAUGCACAGCUUCAGUGUUCAGCAUCGUCCUUAUCAGCUACGACCGUUUCCUGUCAGUUACAAAAGCUGUAUCUUACAGAGCUCAGCAAGGAAUAACGUCCAACCCUAUCAUCAAGAUGGUUGCUGUCUGGGUCUUUGCUUUCCUCCUCUACUGCCCAGCAGUCCUUUUGUGGGAGCAUGUGGUUGGCCACAGUGUGGUAGCAGUGGAUCAGUGCUAUGCCGAGUUCUUUGAGAACUGGUACUUCCUCCUGUGUGCAUCCACACUGGAGUUCUUUGUGCCACUGCUUUCGGUGACCUACUUCAAUGUGCAUAUCUUCCACAACAUCCAGAAGCGCCAGCGAUGUGGCAGCGUGCAGGACUGUGAGUCUCCAAGGAGCAGCAAGUUGUCCUGGAGAUUUUGCCUCUUGCUAAGACCAGGAAUAUCUUCUUCAUUGGAAGCAGAAGACAGUGUUUCAUCAUUAACGAGGUCAUGGAGACCACCAGUGAUGGUUAGCUGUCCAUCUCCAACACAAACCAAUCCCAGGACUCUCAAAAAGGAAUAUUCUUUUUCUCUCCGUUCAAGGACAGGAUCAAAACUGCAGCGAGACAGGAAAAUAGCGAAGUCACUUGCUGUAAUUGUAUGUGUCUUUGCCAUUUGCUGGGCCCCAUACACUUUACUAAUGAUUAUUCGUGGGGCCUGCCAAGGAAAGUGCAUCCAUAACUCCCUGUAUGAAAUAACCUUUUGGCUUUUGUGGAUCAAUUCCUCUUUGAACCCGUUUCUUUACCCUCUCUGUCAUAUGAGGUUUCAAAUGGCUUUCAUGAAAAUAUUAUGUCCCAAAAAGUUUGCAACAUUGACAUCACGUAACACACCUGGGUUUUAGAGAUUUAAAAUAAAUGACUUACAGAUAAGAGAUUCUUCUCUUAUUUGGUGCUGUAUUUUCAUGUGUAUCUCCAACAGAAAUAGAGAAAAAGCUUUUGUUUACUAAUGGCAUUGGGUAAGAGUGCUGCAGCAGCAUAUAUUUGCCCUGAUUUUGCUAGUUUUCAGGGUUUUGGUUUUGUUGGUAUGAUGCCAGGUUAAACAUCACCUAGUGCAAUUAGAAGAAUAACAAGUUUGGUGGGAUGUCCUUCAUGGUUGGUGGGUUUGAGAUACUUUUUUUCUUUCUACUUUUUUUUACUAUUUUUUUUUUAAUAUAGAGCUGAUACUAUGAAAGAACUCCUCUAUAGAUACCGCUAUAGAGUUUCAUUGGAGGGAUAUACCUGCUCGUGUACAUGUUGAGUUAAAAUUUGCAUCCUAUUUGUGAACUUACAGCUCUCAGUGAAGAUGCAGUUCUGCAAAGUUUUAGAAAAGUGGUAUAAAUGUUCACAGGAGCAGUAUAAUUUUGUUUUGUAAACUGUUACGAAAACAAGAUAGUGCCAUGUAGUUGUUGUAAUUCCCAGAGUGAGAAAUAUGUAAGCGAAUGGACUGCCUAAUCCAGCAUAGCUGUCCUUUUCUGAUUUUAAUAUAGUUUAAUAUACCUGGUGUUGCAGGACACGGUACACAUAAGUUAGUAAUUCUGCAUGAUUUUCAAGAAUGAAAGUUCCCAUGGUAAUGGAAUUUUGAGGUUCGUUGUCAAAAUUGUCACAGACAUGAAUAGUUGUUAUUCUUUUCACAUGAACUCUCUUUUUUCCUGAGAGUGGCUGCCUCUUUGGUCAUGCUUGAAUGAUAUUUAGUGCCGAAUUUGUGCAUUAUUUGAUUGCCUAAAAGAGAGGCCAGGUUUGGGCACAUGAUCACACCCCUGUUGAAUUAGCAGAGCAAGCAAUACAAAGUUCAUGCUGGAUUUUUGAUUUUGGCUGGCUGUGCAAGAAUAGACAAUACUCUCUCAGAUGUAAAGCUUUGCAAUUGCAAAGAUAUUCCAUCAAAAUGUCUGGAACAAAUUUGAUCUGACAGAAUGAUUUUCGUACUAGAUCAGUUCUUUGUGUCCUGUUACUGUUACGUGAUACGGAUUUUCUCUGCCACUGAACCAGUAUCAAACUGGAUUUUUUUCUGUCACUGAACAAGGGCCGUGUUCACUGCUUGAGAUAGAGAUUCGCAGAGGUCUAUCUGAAAGCUGACAUAGAGGUGUCUUGAGCAGCUAUUAAUAAACAGUGCGGGUGAACAUGUGGUGCUGAAGGGAGUGGGUGAAGGCAAUGGAGCUCAGUUAUAACUCAUUCCAUUUGCCGUACUUUCUUGCCUUGUGUAAGGUGUUGCAACUCACCCAGAAGGCUUUCAUGGAUAGGUAAGUGGGAGUCACUGGUUAAAUGUUUUUUCCUCUCCUUUUAUGUAAUUUUCUUUCUUCUUUGUAUAUAUAUGGAAACGUAUGAAAUGCGGAAAGAGAAAUCUGAUGCACAAGACAGUGAAGAACAAUAGUCAAUUUAAUAAUACUUUUUAUCUGAUUUGAAAUCGGCUGUAGAAGUGUUGCAAAAGCAGAAUACUCCUUUGUAAGCACAAAUCAAAUACAAGUAAACAGCUUAAUCAUAGCACAAAUCUGAUGGCUUGGAGGACCUAAAAUAUCAGUCUGUUCAGUAGUCUGGAACCAAAAACUUCUCUUGCCAGUUUUCAUGCUUGUGGAAGACUGUCUUUCACCACUCAUUUUCCUUAUGCUACCUUGCCUUGCAUGGGUAGUGUUACGGAUUGUGAGCCCCAUUGCUAAGACUCAUAUAGCUUUAGGAAGAGGUCAUUGAUUUGGCACAACAGUUUUCACUGUCAUGAGCUAGGGUGAUGGCGUAGAUUUCAUGUUGUUCGUUUUUCUCUGAGGCUUAAAAAACUGAACACACAUACAUGUUUAAAUAGUUAUAGAAUAGCUAGUGUACUAAAUAAACAUCUUUUAAACAGAGGAACUGCAGGUAGGCCCAAAAUGGGAAAGCAUUUGAGUUGUCUGCUUUUCUAUUCCUGUGGUUUUAGUAUUAAAAUUCAGUGUACAUUUUGUGAUUAAAGAAUGUGUUAUUUACUUUGCAAAAAUGACUUACAAAAAUUCUGACUAGAUAAACUGUAUCCACAUGUUGCAGUAAUGGAAAACUAGAGCCUGUCUGGGACCACAAUGCACAGCAAACUUGAAGCCACAAAAGGCUACUAGAGAUCAGUGUUCUUGAUGUUUUCUAUAACACACAUACAGUGUUGGAAUUGUUUUGUCACACCACUCCUGUAUAUUUUAAUAAUUUGUUUUAUUUUUCUAAAAGCUGAAUUUUUUUGCUUAUGCUCCUAGGGUAAGUAAAGCACUUGCUGUGCUCAUUGCGUUAAAGCUGUCUUGGUCAAAGUGGCAUUCCAAGUCUUCUCCUUCCUAUUGGAAACUUUGCAGGGUUAUGGUAAGAUAUUUAUUCAGUAUUUGUUCUUGGGUGUACCUUUCAUGCUGCAACACAAAUGGGCUUUGCUUGACAAAGUGAUUUCUAAGCCAGGUUUCUCUAUCAACUCAAUCAUCCUUUUCAUUAUUUCAUGUCCCUGAAUUUUCUUCUGUCUUUGUAGAUGUCCAGUAGGGCUUGUAAAUACAUGAUGACAAUAGGCAUAUGAUUCAAUGAGGUUCAACUCAAACCACAACAGUAUGUUUCUAA